UAAGCAACUCUUCUUCAGCUGUUUUAUAUUUAUCAUCAGUUUCAGGUUCUAGUUUAUUAGUUUAAAUAUAAACUUUAUAUCUUUGAUACAUUUCCGCCAUUUUUUUUUUCAUAGAAGAAUUCCAAUGAUUUUUAAUUGAAUUAUCAGUUCUUCCUGGUAAAAAUCUAGUAAUUUCAGACCAUUUAUUUCCUUUGAGUCUAUGACAUAGAUAUAGAAUCCAUUCUUCAUCAUAGUCCCAACUCUCUUUAUUUAUAUUUGGAUUCAGAUGAUUAUGCCAUCUUUCUCUACAUUGUUUUCCUAUUCUUCCUGGUAUAUGUUGUGCGAUAAAUGUCCAUUUUUAAGGACCUAAUUAUUCUACUAUUUUUAUUACUAAUUUAUCUUCUUCUUCACUCCAGGGAGUUUUAAUACAUUUAUUUGCACUUUACAAAUUUUAAUUGGAUGAGUUUUUUAUUUAUUAUUAUUCCUUUUUCAGUUAUUUUAGAUUUGUUUAUCUUUGAUGCUUAUUAUUUAUUUGUUAUUGUUUUUAACAUAAUUCAAUAAUUUUUUCGGAUGUAUUAAUACAUUUUAGAGACUGCUUUUAUUAAAGAUCUUGUAGAUUUUUUUGACGUUUUUAUGCUACUUUUUAUAAUUUCUUUUGAAAAUGCUUUUAGUUUGUAGGAAUUUCAAAUUAUUCUAUUUGUUGAUGAAGUGUAUUUUUGUAAAGCUUUUAUUGAUUUUAUGUGUUUUUUGAAUAAGGACUAAUUUGUUUGA